CCCAAAUCCAAGAUCAGACCUCUAUUUCUAGGGUUAUCAAUUGAUUCCGUUCCCGCGUGCUGCCAUGUCCAAUUCAACAGUUUCGCAGAUGAACCGGUCAUCCGAGCACCAUUCUACCGGUCACAAAGAUAAUGCUGUAAGAGGGACUGAAGUUUUCGUUGGCGGGUUGCCCCGCAGCAUUACAGAGGAGAAAAUCCACAAGAUAUUUUCUGCCUGCGGUGAAAUUGUGGAAAUUCGUAUGAUAAAGGACCAGCUAGGCAAUUUGAAGGGAUUUUGCUUUGUGCGAUUUGCAACAAAAGAAUCUGCUGCCAGAGCUGUGAUGGAAAAAGCUGGCACUGUGCUAGAUGGAAAGACGAUUGGUGUUCUACCAUCAAGUGAGCAGGUUACUUUAUACUUCGGAAACCUUAAUAAAGCUUGGAGUGCUGAUGAAUUCAAAAGAUUGGUGCUCCAGGUUUUCCCGGACAUAGAAUCCGUGGAUCUGCCAAGUGUUAACGACACACCAUCAGGUCAAAAGCAUCGAAACCGUGGUUUUGCAUUUGUGAAGUUCUGCUCCCAUGCUGCUGCUGCACGUGCUCAACGGGUGGGCUCUCAACCAGAUUUUCGUCUUGGGAAUUUGCACCCUGCUGUUCAAUGGGCAGAAGAGGGACAUGAAAAAAACCCAUCAGAACUUGCUAAGAUUAAAAUAGCUUUUGUCAGAAACCUCCCCCCUGAUGCAGAGGAGAACUAUUUGAAGCAUAUGUUUGAGCCUUUUGGCAAGGUGGAGAAAGUUGUGGUGUCAAAAAAAGCUAGCAUUCCCGUCGGGUUUGUUCAUUUUGCUGAGAGAUCGGAUCUUGAAAGAGCUAUCAAGGAAAUGAAUGAUAGAACAGUUCGAGGGCCUAGUGGAGGUUCAACGCAUAAACUCCAGGUUGAAGUUGCAAGACCUAUGGACAAAAGCAAGAAACGAGCUCCUGAGGAAUCAGAAAGUAAUCCUUCUGUUCAGGGCCAUUUCAAACUUUUGAAGCACAAUGAUCAUAAUUCCUAUCUCCAGAGGGAAUUGGGAUCUGCUGACCCGUAUGAGGAUGCUGUAAUAGCAUUGCCUUUAUCUGUUAAGGAGCGCCUACUGCGAAUCCUGCGACUUGGAAUUGCUACUCGAUUUGAUAUUGAUGUGAAAAGUUUAUGCAGUCUCAAGGAAUUACCCGAGUCUAUUGCCAUAUCUGUCCUUGACCAGUUUAUGCUAUCAGGAGCUGGUUUGCAAAAUAAAGGAGCGUAUCUAGACGGACUAAUUUCUAGACACUUAGUUGAUAAUGUGGGAUUGAAUCGAGGCUCAAUCAGUUUUCCGGAAGUUGUGGAUAAUACUAGGAGUGAAUCCAAGUUAUACAGCUCGUUGCAUCGAGCGUCUCCCCCUCCUGUCGGUUCUUUUGCUUCUCAUGCACACUCUGCAGCUAGGUCCGACAUUUUUGCAUCACACUAUUCGCCACUGCUGUCAGAUUAUCCUCUAUCGAGCCGAACACUAUUAGGAAGAGGGGUUGAUAGAGACUCCGAUUUUCUUCAAUCGAGUCGACCCAUAUCUGCUUCCGGAAGCUUCCAGAUUCCAAGCCAGGUUCCAAGAAUAGGAAUGUUGGAAGAAAGAAGCCACUCCCCCUACGAGGCAACACCGGUCCCACCUUUAUCCUAUGGAAGUUUCGGUUUGAGAACCGAAGAGGUACGGUAUUCAUCUGCCAUCCAAACAGCACCUAAUUCAUCUGCCUCACCUUAUGCUAGGCUCGGUGCAAGUUUGACUUCCGAAGCUAGAGCUGGCUCUGGUCAACAGCCACCUCGGCAGCAAAUUAGGUUUGACCCUUAUACGGGCGAACCUUAUAAAUUCGAUCCUUUCACGGGCGAACCGAUCCGCCCAGAUACAACGGGCCCAUUUUGAUCAAAGCAGAGAUUUGGAUUUGUUUUUUAAGUUUUUUGGAAGGUAAGAAGUACUACAUAUUUAUGUUUAAAUUAUGAUUUACCUUGUUCAUUUUUCCUCUCUUUUUUAUAGAUAUACAUACACAUUCACUGUGCUGAUGACUGAUGUGGUUUACUACAUUACUUGCCUUUGUUCCAAUAGAAACAUACGAUUUCGAUUUCUUAUUUCGAAACCUUGGGAAUGCAUACAGAUACAUUUUUGUAGUGUUCAGUAUUGGGAAAUUAAAUGAAAUUAAAUGCUGCA